GCCGGGGGUGUCCACCAUAACUUCAGUUACAACCUCCAAAUCCACUAGAGGGCGGUGGUGUGUAAACCGUGGUAAGUUUUUCUGCCUGUUCCUGAAACACGGAAGAGGGUUGUGGCUCAGAAACGAACUUUGUGCGCCUUAUGAGGGUAUCGCUUGUGGGGUUUCUACUUUCUUUCUAACAACUGAACAGUUUUUUUGUGGACGCCCGCAAACGCGUGAAGCUCUGACAUAUCACGCAGAGGCAGGUGAGAGAGUAUUUGUCUGUGUUUACCCGUCGGUUUUGUUUUUUUUUUUGGCUGAAAUCGAAAGCAAAGUGCGUAGGGCCCGUGAAGUCAUGGCUGAGAGUAUGGACGAAGACAUGGAGGAGACUUUACCUCUCCAGCAGGACCUCACCUGUCCUGUGUGUCAGGGCAUCUUCCGGGACCCCGUGUUGCUGCCCUGCACUCACUCCUUCUGUCGAGAGUGCCUGCAGAAGAGCUGGCAAUUCAACAAAAAGUGCCCCGUGUGCAGGGAGGAGUUUGAGGAAAGGCAGGCCAUAGCCAACCGUGCGCUCAACGACGCAUGCGACUCCUUCCUCAAGCAGAGUCACUUGAGGGCGAGCCAGAAACGUCCCAGUGAGGACACCUGUAACCUGCACCUUAAGCCGCUGGAGCUGUACUGUGAGAAGGACGAGGCGCCCGUGUGUGUGGACUGUGUCACCCUCCACAGCACACACAGGCUGCUGCCCCUGAAAGAUGGGGCACCACUGUGUAAGAGGGAGCUGGGCUUCAAAGUCCAGAUUUUUGAGAAGAAAGUGGAGUCAUACAAGAAAAUGACACAUAAACUCAGCAACGCAAAGGGAUACAUCAAGUAUCAAGCUGAGCAGGCUGAGAAACAGAUCAAGGCAGAGUUUGAGAGGCUCCACAAGGCACUUGUCACAGAAGAAGUUCUGCGUCUAAAAGCUCUGGCCACUGAAGAGGAGGAGAAGACUGCUACCAUACAGGAGUUGAUUGACAGCACAAAAAAGGAUAUUACCGCUCUGAAGGAGCUCAUUGACAGUCUGAAAAAAGAGAUGGGCAACGAGGAUCUACCCCUCCUGCGGAAUUUCCAGGAUUUAAAAAGAAAAGCCCAGUGGACUCGGGAAGAUCCUCGCCUUUGUGAUGACUCUCUUUUAGACAUGGGCAAACAUGUUGGUGCUUUGAGCUUCAACAUCUGGAAGAACAUGCAGGCCCAUGUCAAAUAUUAUUCGGUCGUGCUAAACCCAAACACAGCCUCUCCAUGGCUGUCCUUGAACGCUGACCUGACCAGUGUGAAGGAAAGCGCAGAGCGGCUGACCGCCCCCGACAACCCGGAGCGCUUUGAUCCCUGCGUCUUUGUCCUGGGUGCUGAAGGUUAUACCUCCGGGAAACACAGAUGGGAUGUCAUUGUUGGUGACAACCCCAAAUGGAUUGUGGGAGUGUGUAAAGAGUCAGUGGCCCGUAAAAAGAAGUUCACGGUCUCUACAAGCCGUGGAGUGUGGUCCAUAGCACUAAGCAAAGGGGUGUACAGCGUCUUAACACCUGAGCGUACGGAGCUGCAGGUGCAACAGCGUCCGGAGAAGAUCCGCAUCAAGCUAAAUUUAGAUAAGGGAGAGGUGUCGUUUUGGGAUGGGGGAACAGCAAAGCACCUGGUUACUUUGACACACAAGUUUGAUGAGAGGAUUUUUCCUAUUUUUGGCCCUGGGCUCCAUAGUACGCCCAUGAUUCUAGCUCCAGGAAAAAUUGCUGUACACACCUCAUGAUGGGCCAUUAUCCUGCAGGGUGGUUGUUUAGCUAAAGCUGUUGGAUGAUAAUUACCUUUUUUUUUUAAAUAAGUUUCUUUAUAAAAGCAAAAUAGAACUCAACAACAAUGUGGCAGUUGAACAUAAAAGAAUCGUUAAUCAAAGUAGAACAUUAAAAAGAAGAGUAGAAAUCUGCCAAUAAAAAAUGAAAUGAAACAGUAAAAUCGGGGGGAUGCUCAGAAAAUAGAUAAAACAUGUUGAAUAAAACAUAAAAUAUACUAAAAUGUGAUUAAUGAGCGUAUAUAAAACACAGCAUAUCAACUUAAAGCUUCACAAAAGUAGGUUUUGUGAAAAGAUUGAUAUGAUAAAUACGUGUCAAUCUCUCAGAAAUGAGCAUGAUUUAAACACUUGAUUAUAUGUUAAAGCCAACUUAAAACAUGCAGUCAAUUAGUGAAGAAAGGUAGGAUAUGUAUCAUGUGGUCUCUUGAGUUGAUGAAAACAUUAGCUGCGUGAUGCAUAAGCUAGAGCUGUGAGAUAACUUUAUAAACACUGACAAAGAGCAGUGAAACGCAAAAAUCAAGAUAAAGCAUGACUGACUUUAUCAGUGUCAUGAAAAUAAUCAGACCAAAUGUUUUUGAUGUGCCUUAGCUGGAGGAAACAUGACUGACCAAUGGUCUGUCACUAUCCAAAAUGAAUGCAGACAAGAAUGAAAAACCACACACAUAUAUAAAGACUGGCAGCAUUUCUGAUGCCGGUGGCCAAUAAUGAUAAAGUGAAUUAAACCAUCUCUCUUGAUUUAUCAUGGAGCUGGAGGAAAUUUUGUGACAUACAACACUUAAUAUCUGAGAGGUGGGAAAAAAAUUGCGCGUAAAAAUAUUUUUUACGAGUCUAUUUACUCGUGUCUUCAGGAACACAGGACUUUUGGAGCUAUUACAGCAGCAGCUAUCUCUUAUGUUUGCAUACAUUUGAUUAUGAUGAUUAGUGAUUAUGAUUCAAUUAAGAAUCAGUAGAAUAGACUGUUUUUACUACAGACUGUAUAUUUAAAUAUGUAUAUACUGACUAUAUGCAAAUUUCCACACUGUGGGAUUAAUAAAUGAUUAUCGUCUUUGCCAUACAGUCUACUCCAUACAGUCUAUGGUCUUGUGCUUGGAAAUGUGCUUCAGUUAAUCAUGAUUACUUUUCCAUGAUUUUGUUGAUUCUGCUCAAAUACUACUGUCUAAAAUGUUAAAUGUAUUUGUGUUGUUUUAUUAGUUUUAGGAUAAUUGUACUGGAUUUCACUCACUAUACACUUCAGUGUGGCCAGCAGGCAGAACAUACUUUGAAUUAGGAUUUACAGCUACUACAGUUGUGGAUAUGUAGACAUCUGAAUGUGUUUGUGAACAUUUUUCAAUUAAAAAUAACUGAAAAUCAAAA